AUUGCAUUAUUCAGCAUUUGACCCAGUGGACCAUAGUGGACUGUGACUCGACUAUGUAUUAGUCAAAUCUGUAAUUUGCUUCACCAGUUCAUCUGUACUUACGUACGUACUUGUUGACUGCUGCUGUUCAUCAUGAGUUUGUCCAAGUGGAUUGCUAGUUCUGAAGUAAAAGUGGAACAAAAUGGAGUGCAAAGAGCAAAGAAAAUUAUUCGAAAGGGAUCCAGGACAUUCAGCCCAUCCAAAAAUAUUGCAGCCAUUGAUUUCGGUACAAAGAAUUGUUCUCUCGCAUACAUCACUGAAAACGACACUACAAACAUUAUGAAAACAGGUGUUCCCAAACUACCACUAAACGGGACGUUUCUCCGAGUUCCCACGGCAAUUUUGUUCAACCCCGAAGGUCAUGUGCUUGCAUUUGGUCAUGACGCCAGAAGACUGUUUGGAAACCUCCUAGACAUAGAGUAUUCACAGUAUUUAUAUUUUGAGGAGAUUAAGAUGAAUUUGAAUCACGAGCAGGAAAUUUCCCGUGAGAUGCAGGUGUGUGCUUCCAAUGGCAAACAGUGUUAUUUGGUUGACGUGAUUGCUCAAAUUCUGAAGCACCUGAAGCUUACAUUUAUUGAAGACCAUCUUCAGCCUAGUGGUCAUUCCUUUCAAGCUUCUGAUUUCGAUUGGGUCAUCACAGUUCCUGCAAUUUGGAGGGCCAAGGGCAAACAGAUAAUGAGGGAGGCUGGAUACAAGGCUGGUCUCUGCUCUAAAGAAACUUGUGGGAGGCUCAAAGUCACAUCAGCACAGCCUCUAGCUCCUCCACAGGAGUCUUCACCUGAAAAAUUGUUGCUAGCUCUGGAGCCUGAAUCUGCCUCUCUGUACUGUCAUCAGAUGCUCAGAAGAGGACUUGUGGCUCCUCACUGUGAAGCACCACGCAAGAAAACUCUGGGUUCCACUUAUCUGAUUGUAGAUAUCGGAGGUGGCACAGUCGAUGUGUCGUCCCAUAAAAUUGUAUCAGUCAAAGUAUACCCUGUCGUGGAGGAAUUGCAUCAACCGGUUGGCAAUUACUGUGGUGGAACUCGGGUUAAUCAAGAAUUCUUGAGUUUUCUCGAGAAGCUAACUGGAGACUCAGAGCUCUCGUUGUAUGUUAAGACUACUGACCCAGAGAUGAAUGCAAUGAAUAAAUGCGAGCUAGACGAAAUUGUCAACGUAAGCUUUGAAGAACAGAAACAGACGUUUGGUCGCCUAGAUGAGUCGUCACAACGAGAUACUGUGAUAAGGCUUCCUCCUUCUUUUCUGGAGAUUUACCGGGAGGCAAUUAUCGACAAUCUUGCAUUAAGCGAAGAUCUCAAAGAGCAAGUUACUUUGGAAAGAAGAAGCCUUCGGAUAUCAGCGUCUCAAAUGAAGGUAUUCUUUACACCUGUAGUAAAGGGGAUAAUAACGCUGCUGUCCGAACAUUUGAGACGUUUGUUAGAAGCUGUUCAAGUGAUUUAUUUGGUUGGUGGAUUUGGAGGAUGCCCGUACUUGUACAUGAGAAUUAAAGAAACGUUUAGUGGUCAGUGUCAGAUAAUAGUCCCUCCAAAUCCUGAGCUGGCAGUCGUAGAAGGAGCAGCUUUGUUCCACUUUAACCCAUCAUUUAUACAAGCUCGACGAGCUGAUGCAACGUAUGGAAAAUCUGUUAUCAGGCCUUUCGAUAAUUUCAUUCAUGAUGCUCGACGGAAAUUAACUGACUCGAAUGGUAGAGCGUUAUGUGAAAAUCUCUUCCAAACUAUCAUAGAAAUCGGUGAAGUCAUAAACCCUGAUUACGUGUACUUAUGCACUAGCGUUCCAGUCAGUUCUGAUCAAAUGAACGUACACAUUGAAAUAUUCAGUUCUCUAGAAAAUGCUCGGGAGAUAUGGUACACAGAUGGCGAUGACAGCGGAGGAGCAGUGAAAAUUGGAGAACUGAUGGUGGACUUACCGCCGUGCGCUGACAAUGGGCAAAAGAGAGAGGUGGAAUUCACGUUUGAUUUUAGCCAUACUGAAAUUAAAGUUGUGGGAUUCGAAAAGACGUCGCGAUUGCAGGUCAAAACUGUUAUUGAUUUUCUGACAUCUCAUAUUUAGUUGUCUACAUAAUUCUCACACACAGCACGUCAUCUUUGUUCAUCAAGCACCAUAAAUUAUGCACGAAUUAAUAUUAUAAUGAUCUCUUGA